UGAAGCCAAUUCGAGAGGGGCAGCUUCGCCUGACCCAAGCUUAUGUUGGUUGGUUCAAGGCUUUUGUCCCUUCUAGCUAUCGCCCCUGAUCGCGGGAGCCGUCCUUGCUCAGGCUCGAUAAAUUGAUCAUAUAGACCGUGUUACUGGAAUCUCCGGUUACCCUCGCGCCCAUGUAGCCGCCCCGCCCUCCUCGCGCCUUCACACGCCUGCCCAUCGCAGCCAUGCCGUACCCCUUUGUGCUCCCGACCUGUUCGGCCUUCUCCUUCUCGUCUAGCUUCGGCUGCGAGACGCAUCCAUCGCUGCCCCUCAACACCAGCACCUAUCGCGGUGUCGUGCGCGACACCCUUAAGAAGCACAAGCGCCUGCCACCCUCGGCCCAGGCCGCCAGCCUGUCGCUGGUCGUCGCCAGCAUCAACGACUACCUGCGUUACUUGCUGGCCGUGGACGCCGGCCUCAGCCACCGCUCCCCGCACGCCGGCGCCGACGGCGAGCAGGUCGACGUGGUUCUCAAGUCGGCGCCGUCCAUCGAAUGGCGGCCCUCGCUGUCCGAAUCGCCCGUGCUGGGCCGCGAGCCGCCCCGCGUGAGCGUACGUUCGCUCGAGCACGAGCUCUACUUCGCCCUCAGCACCCUCGCCAACGCCCUGUCGCUCCAGGCCCGCUCCGCUCUACAGCCUCUAUACGUCGUGUCCGUCGCCCCGCCGGGGCCGGACCAGCGCCUGGCGGCCGUAACCGGCGCGACCCGCCUGCUGCUAGAUGCCGCGUCUGUCUACGACUACCUAAGCCAGCGCUCCACGUCAUCGUCGGGCCCGGCGCCCUGCGCCGACAUCAGCCCCGCCACCGUCGCCGCCCAGAAGAGCCUAGCGCUCGCCGAGGCCACGCUGCUCGCCGUGCUCAAGGAUGAUCCGUACCCGGCCCUAAUUGCCCAGAGCCGCAACUCCCAGGACAAGGAGUGGAUGUAUCGCGCCCCCGAGAUACCAAAGGUGCGCGCUCAUCUGUUCGCCCGCCUUUGUCUCGCCGCCUCAGAGCACGCCGCGCAGGCCGUGGCCCUCUCUCAGUCAGCAGUGGGUGAUGGGGGCGCCGGUGGCGGCGGGGACUCCAGCACCGGCGGGAGAAUGGGUGGUAUAGUCCGGGGCGUCAGUGGCGGUAGCAGUGGCAUUGGACCGGGUAACAGCGGUGCAAGUAGCAGAGGUCUAAGCGGUGACUUUAUCAAAUACAUUGAGAGCCUCAGACAGACCGCGCGCGCCAGGGCAUGCCGCUUUUUCGGCAUCGACGCCGAGCUGGGCGGUCAGACCGGCAACGCCAUCGGCUGGCUGCGCGCCGGCCUGCAAGAGCUCGGGGCCGAAUCCCCGGGCGACGGCAAGAAGAGCGGCUUCCGUUUGGGAAAGCUCGCCAAGGAGUGGACGGAGAAGCGCGAGGAUCGCAAGGUCGAAAAGGGGACCAGCUGGGGCGCCGACGCCGGCCGGCUUGACGAAAUGCGCGUCAUAGAGAUGCUAGACGCGAAAUGGUCCAAGCAAAAUGAUACCAUGAACACACAGCUUGUACCCGCGGCUGCCACACUCCUGGCACAAAUGCCCUCCGGGCGCGAUAUCCAUAUAAUAAAACCGUACGAACCGCCAUCCCUUGACCCUGUGGUCCUGGAGACUAUGCGGGCACCGCCCGAAGGCUCUGACGACUUCGGCAACGGCUCCGAUUCGGAGGACGAGGGCAAAGAUGAGCGGCCAGGGGUGGGCGCAUUUCCUGGAGCCAGAGACGCCUACGAGAGGUCUGCUAGUACUAGCUCUUACUAUUGAUAUGCGCGAUAGCUUGUUUACAUUCCCGUAAUAGAGAAACCGGCUCUCCAUCACCCGCAAGAUCCGUCACUCGAAAGGACUACAAAAGUGAACCUGUUGAAGAGAAGCCGGCCCUGAGAGCAAAAUGAGGCAAGAUAAAAUAAGAAGUGGAAAAGUGACAGUUGGCAUCGUUGAGAG